CUACACUUCGCUCAUAUUCAUAACAGACUUCUUUUUCUUCUGUAUCUCGACUGAUUUACAGUGAUCGAUCCAUGGCGGAGACGCAUUUCAAGUACGUGAUCGUUGGUGGUGGUGUUGCAGCUGGAUAUGCUGCAAGGGAGUUUGCUAAACAAGGCCUUAAGUCAGGAGAACUGGCAAUUAUUUCCAAAGAAGCAGUGGCUCCUUAUGAGCGUCCAGCACUUAGCAAGGCAUACCUUUUUCCUGAGGGAUUUGCAAGACUCCCAGGAUUUCAUGUCUGUGUUGGGAGUGGGGGUGAGAGACUACCUCCACAGUGGUAUACUGAGAAAGGCAUAGAGGUGAUCCUAAGCACUGAAAUAGUGAAGGCAGAUCUAGCUUCCAAGACUCUUACUAGUGCAGCUGGAGCAACCUUUAAGUAUGACAUUCUCAUCAUUGCAACUGGGUCUUCCGUCGUUAGGUUAACCGACUUUGGUGUUCAAGGAGCUGACGCCAAGAACAUCUUCUACUUGAGAGAAAUUGAGGAUGCUGACAAGCUUGUAGAAGUAUUUAAGACAAAGAAGAAUGGGAAGUGUGUGAUUGUUGGAGGGGGAUAUAUUGGUCUGGAGCUUGGUGCUGUAAUGCAAAUGAACAAUCUUGAUGUUACUAUGGUGUAUCCUGAACCAUGGUGCAUGCCUCGGCUCUUCACUGCUGAGUUAGCUGCUUUCUAUGAGGGUUAUUAUGCUAAGAAGAAAGGUAUCCAAAUUCUUAAGGGAACAGUUGCAGUUGGGUUUGAUACUGAUGCAAAUGGAGAGGUGAAGACUGUAAAACUGAAGGAUGGGAGGGUAUUGGAUGCUGACAUUGUUGUUGUUGGUGUUGGUGGAAGACCCCUUACCAAAUUGUUCAAAGGACAGGUUGAGGAAGAGAAAGGUGGAAUUAAGACUGAUGCAUUCUUCAAAACUAGCGUCCCUGAUGUGUAUGCCGUUGGUGAUGUGGCUACCUUCCCUAUGAAAAUUUACAAUGAUAUGAGGAGAGUAGAGCAUGUAGAUCAUGCCAGAAAAUCAGCAGAGCAGGCUGUCAAGGCUAUCAAGGCAAGCGAGGAAGGGAAAUCCAUUGAUGAGUAUGACUAUCUUCCAUACUUCUACUCUCGCGCCUUUAAUCUAUCAUGGCAGUUCUACGGAGACAAUGUUGGGGAUACUGUGUUUUUUGGCGACAAUGAUCUGGAAUCCACCAAUCCUAAAUUUGGAUCAUAUUGGAUCAAGGAUGGGAAGAUAGUUGGCGCAUUCUUGGAGGCUGGUACACCAGAAGAGAACAAGGCCAUUGCCAACAUUGCAAGGCUCCAACCUCCAGUUGAAAAUCUGGAAGAACUAGCCAAGGAAGGUCUAGCAUUUGCAUUGAAGGUCUGAGAGUCACGCUUUUUCGACAAGGGAAUAAAUGGAAUGAUGUUUACUGUUUUUUUACCCAGAUUUACACUUGGCAUUUCUAUCGUAUUGACAUUUUGAUUGUAUUAGUCCGUGGAUAAGUUGGUGAAAUUAGUCCAUGGGUAGUGUUCAGAAUGCAGAAUAUUUUUCUGUAGGCCCUGUUUGUUUUGUUGUAAAUCUUUUGUUGGAAAUUAUAUUUUACAAGAAUUUUUCCU